AACAAUGUUCAACGAGUCUUCACGCUUUAGUUGUUAUAUUAUUACAGCAAUAUAUGUGAUUUAAUUAUUUUACACACCUAUACAAUAAUUUAAAGCAAAUCAUUCGUGUUGAAUAAAUUGCUCAGUGGAAUCUCAUUCUUUGGAUUCGUUCACAGAAUCUUACGUUUGCUUUAACAAUUACGAUUCUCCACGACGACGAUGUACUCGAGUGGUAGCAGUAGCAGUAGGAUACACAACAGCACGUCAGGGUUUACCGAACACGCUGCGGUCGAUAUUUUGAAAUAUGCCUCGAAGUUCGCUAUCCUCCACAAUGAUCACGCCGUCGUUUCACUGCUUAACGAAUUGAACGACAAAGGGUACAUUGCGAUCAAACAAAUGGUACACAAAACAUUUCCCAACUGUUACAUAAAUCGGAUACGCCUAGUUCACGCCCCACAGAUGUAUGGCAUGUAUAUGUUGCGUAAAGAAGAAAUGAAAUUGACCCUUGGCCAAAGUGUCCAGGAGAAGUUGUUGUUCCACGUGACAACCGAAUCCAGGGCAAUGGAGUCGUUGAACAGUGGACUCGACUGGAGACGCACCCGGCGCAACAAGUUCGGUUGCGGAGUGUCAUUCAGUGACGACGCCGAUUACGCCAACUAUUACGCCGACAAAUUCACUAGCGAAGGUAUAAUAAUAGUGUACAAAGUAAUGUUUAUUUGCUACUGUGUUGCUCAAUGAAAUUCUACAAGUAUGAAUUCCCCCCUCUCCAAUCAGUACUAAAACACAUCAAACCCACUCAAAAAUCAUUGUCUAAAUACUUUUUUUUCUUAUCGACCACAGUUGUCAGUUCCUUACUCUUUUUAUUAUUUUUAACAUUCGCCAACUAUAAUGUAGACAAUUCUCCAUGUGAGGGUAUAAUAAUAGUGUUCGGGGGGUGUAGGGGCCGAGCGGACUAAGGCGUCGGUUACGACGCGCCCCGUCAAUGGUUCGAAUCUCGGUCACGGGUGGCACUUCUCUCCGGGCCGUCACGAUGUCUGGAGAGAGAGUUCGUCAUCCCCCACUCGGAUAUGGCAGAUACCUACGGGUGCCCACUAGAAAAUUCUGCUUAACUAAAAACACACAUGUUAACAAAACUUACAGCACUACCCUUCCCCACAGUUAAAAACCACCCAAUGGCCUAA